GCCAACUACAAGCUAAUGCAUAUUGUGAAAAUCCAGAUAUAGUAUUAAUUGGUAACAAAGCAGAUCUAUCUGACCAGAGGGAGGUCAAUGAGCGGCAAGCCCGAGAUCUUGCGGACAAAUAUGGCAUACCCUAUUUUGAAACAAGUGCAGCAACAGGGCAGAAUGUGGAGAAAGCUGUGGACACACUCCUGGACUUAAUAAUGAAGCGUAUGGAACAGUGCGUAGAGAAGUCACAAGUCCCUGAUGCUGCCAAUGGAGGAAAUUCGAACAAGCUGGAUGGGGAGAAACCAGCUGAAAAAAAGUGUGCUUGCUAGACUUUACCUUUUUAAACUGAAAUCAAGAACCUCAGCCAAAUAGUUGAUCAGAAAAUGGUUGACAAGCCACAUAAUUGAUGAGUGGGCCUUGCACAGAUACAUUUUCUUUUCUUUUCUUCCAGAGAAUGAAUUUUUAAACAGCAUCGUGAUCAUCAGUGUUCAGUGGGACUGGACUAUAAGCUAUAAAGCCUGACAGUUCUGGGUCUGAGAUUUCCCAACACAAUCUUUCCAUCAGGGGCAUUCAAUUGAUUUUUUGGUCAUUGUUUUGUUGUUGUUGUUGUUGUUUUCAAUAUUAAAAAAGCAUUGAAAUUCUCCAAUAAGUAAACAGCUUAAAAUCAGAAAGAAAAGAGAUCAUUUGUUUAGUGUGUGCAGAGA